CCGUAUCAUUUUUCAUCUUCAUUUGGGCGACACAUUCGGAUGUGACUUGGAUUAGCAAGUUGUUAUUUUUUUUUCAUUUUUUGUAAUUUAAUGUAGCAGAAAAAUUCUUUGAAGGCGAUUAAGUUGCUUACACGGUCCUCCGAGAACGUUGAAAAGAUAGCUUACUAUUAUGCCAUGGAAGGAAAGCUUGCUGAGUUUGCUGUCUUGCUAGCGGUUGCUCGCGAAAAGGUUUUAGUUCCUAUCACAUUGUCUAGACAAGAUGGGGAUGGUUGGGAUGGAAGUGUGACACUCCCCCAAUGCCUUGAAAACACAAUGGGGUCAGUGGUUCGCAAGGAGUACAGAAUGGGAUCAUUUGCAGAACCUGAGUUCCAUAGGAAGGAGCUGCUUUUAAGGGCCAUUGCAAUAUUGCUUCAAGUUUUUGAGAGGGCCGGCAAUGCCAUUGAGGAAUACAUACAGUUAGAACUACACAAUGAUGAAUUCCAGUGGAGUACCUCCUCACUCGCCUUUGCUGCCAGAAUGGAAUUCUCACUCCAGGAAGGGAAUAAAUCCUGGCAAUGGUUAUGGCUUUGCACGCCCAACUUAUCUUUCAAAAAGAACCUAUAGUUACGUCCCUAAAUCCAUCUUUGGUUCUCACUAUUCCACACGUUCGGAUGUUCAAGUGAAGAAUCAAAAGAAAACAAUGGAGCAGGGUUUCCCCAAAUAUCUUUCAAGGGAGAAACUUGCAUACAUUUGAAUGUUGAUCAAGAAGGGGAUAAGAAGUGCUUGAUCCUUGCAGGUGCCGUCUUUGGAGGUAUCACUAAAUACUCUUGGCAAGGCUUAUUAUUAUCCUAUGUUAGUUUAAACCAAAUCAUACCAAACGGAGCCUUAAGCCCCAAUCAAUGGGGUUCAGCUACAUAAAUCCUUUUUCUAUGUCAUAAGAUUUGACAGGGUCUUUUACGUGACCCUUCCCUUAACCGGGGUUUGGGACCGACUGUGUGGAAGAUAGACUCUAAGCAUGCCACAAGCAGAGUUUUCUUUUAUUUCAGUUUGGAAAAUAAAUUUUAGCUGUAUGUAUUGGAGUUAUCCCGUACUGUCUUUUCAUUGUUGGCAGAAUUUUUGUGAUGAGGCCGAUUUAUUCCUCUCCCUACAUUCAUGCUUCCAAAGUCAUUAUCGUAUGCGGGUGAAAGCAAGCACAAUUUGUGGGAUUCCCUAUACAAAUGAAAAUUUUCAUGUUGAGUUAAAUAUUAGUUGGACUGCUUCUAUAAAAUUCAUGUCACUAUGUCAGUUCUAUCAGCAAGACUCUCGCUUUGAUUCCAACUCUUGUUGAAGCCACACGGCCGGGCUUCGUGGGGUCCUUUUAGGCUUGGCUUUUAGUUAUUCUUUUCCUACUAUUUGUUCAAUUUAGUGCAAGACCUUUCACUAGAUCUUGAUGUUAAGACCAGGUUAUUAGUUUGUAUUUGUGACUUUUAGUGGCAGUCCCUGUUAGUUUAAGACAAAGAAAUGACUAGUGCCAGCUUCUAACCACUUUGCGAUCAGGUCGUUGUUUGGGUAUUCUUCUCGAUUAAAUGAAGAUGCCGUGUCAUGGUCCCACCCAAAACACUCACACCCCACACACACACAAGUUAUAUAUUGCUUAUUAUAGUUGCAAAGAGUCUAAGUAGCUUCCUGUGU